AUGGCGCCUACUCUAUAUACCCCACUUCCCAUUGACAAGUUCAGCAUCCGCCUAAUCAAGCUCCAGCCUGCCUAUACCACCUCGGCACCAAUCCUCUGCAAGUUGAUCAAUCAUCCGAUUGAUUCCGAGCGGAUUGUGGCACAUUCCUAUGAGUGCUUAUCAUACGUUUGGGGCCCUUCAGAAAACCCCCAAUUGAUCAGCAUCGAUACUGGAGAGGCAGUCUUCCCUUUUCAGACAACUCCGAAUCUCUACGAAGCGCUUCAACACCUGCGAGACUCGUGCUUCGAACAAAUACUGUGGAUCGAUGCCGUAUGCAUCAAUCAGCGAGAUGACGAAGAGAAGGCCACGCAAGUUGCUGCAAUGGCCAGAAUCUAUGGUCUUGCCAAGCGUGUUAUUGUAUGGUUGGGCGCAGAGACGAAUGACAGCACACUUGCUUUCGAACGUCUAAGAGACCUCGCACAACCACGCGAGACCGAAGCUCCACCUCAGCAUAGAGAUGAGGAUGGCCCAGUUGCUGAACACGCGAUUCAAACAUUGCUCAGCCGACCCUACUUCAGACGCAUGUGGGUACUGCAAGAAGUUGCUGCUGCUCGGAACAUGGUAUUCAGGUGCGGUAGCGCAGAAAUGCAAACAGAGACAUUUCGUGCUGGCCUGCAUGCCCUCGCACGUUUAGAUGAUUGGGAGCUCCGUCAUCGAAUUCUCGCGUUUCUGCUCCUCAUUGGGACUUCCAUCUUCCGAGAGCGUCUAAAAGGUCGGCCUCACUUAGAAUUUGAGCCUCUGAACGAUCUCAUUGACCGGUUUCAUGCUCAUGACGCCAGUGAUCCUCGAGACAAGAUCUACGCGCUUUGGGGGUUAUGCUCGGACAGUAGCUCGAUGGAGAGCCUGCAACCCAAUUACGACAAAAAAUGGAAAGACCUCUUUGAAGACCUGGGCAAGCUCAUGUUCGGCAAAGAAUCAGCCGUUUCGGCAUCUCCUCUCCGCCAACUCAUG